AUGGCCGAUCCGCAGCUCCUGGCCGCGCUCGACCUCAUGAGGCGAAUGCCACCCUCGCGCUGCGAGACGUCGCUCGAGGAGCUUGUCGACCUGGUGCCUCACCUGACGGACGACCUCCUCAACACCAUCGACCAGCCGCUGCAGACCGCCAAGGACGCCCAGGGCAACGCCUACUUAUUAUGCGACUACAAUCGCGACGGCGACUCGUACCGGUCCCCGUGGACAAACGAGUAUGACCCUCCGCUCUCGGACGGCGUGCUGCCGUCGCCAAAGCUGCGCGCGAUGGAGACGCUGGCGAACGACAUCUUCGAGGGCUACCGCGAGAUGUACUACGAGGGGGGCAUCUCCUCGGUCUACUUUUGGGACCUCGACGAAGAGGGGGCUUUCUCCAAGUGGUCCCCCCCCGGGAGCCAACGUCAUGGGGGGGGGGGGGGGGGGGCACUCGCAGUCCUCCUGAGUGGGGGCGUGGCUGCUGCCGCUGCACAGGUCGGAGUCCACGAGGGGGAGAUGAACCUGUCCGGAUCGCUGACGCGGCAAAAGGAGGAGGAGCUGGCGGUGGGGGACGUGGCGUCGCACGUGGCCAACAUGGGCCGCAUGGUGGAGGAGAUGGAGAGCCGCAUGCGCGACACG